UGGGAACAGGUGUGGCAAAGACAGCUACCCAACAGGAUUUGUUUCACUUUCAGAUAAAACUGGCUUUAAACACUUGUCUCUUUCACUGAGAUUGGAACCUGGAACAUUAUUAAAUAUUCCGAGUCGUGGAAAGAAAGUUGUGAGAAAAAGCAACUUCCAGAGGGUGAUCGAGUUUUGUGACUGGCAUCAUUGAUGUUAAGCUGUGUAAUCUUAAAAUUAGAACUUCAAUCUUCUUCAAUCAGGCUAACCUGCCCUCCACACAGUGGGAGAUAUGGACAUGAAAGGUCUGAAGGAUACCUUGGCCUGGCUAUAUUACCAAUACCUGCUUAUUACAUGUAGUUAUGUGUUGGAGCCCUGGGAACAGACAAUUUUCAAUUCAUUUCUGCUCAUCAUCGUGGCCAUGGUUCUGUACACAUCUUACGUCUUCAUUCCCAUUCACAUUUGUCUGGCACUGGAGUUCUUUUCAGGCUUAGGUGGUGGUCAGACGGAAAGCAGAAUUGCAAUCAUGACUUGAUCCGUAAUGAUUUUAAGAAUCCAGAUGGUUUUUUUUAAGAAGAGAUCCUGUGUAUCUAUGGACUUGCUGACUACUCUGGGACGGAUUUUAAACUUACUUCAUGGCUGCAGUCUUAAAUUUGCACCUCAAUAACCUUGUGGCUCAAAUAAUGCAGUAAGAAGCAUUCUGUUUUAAAAAUGUUCACCAGUUAAAGUUGGGAAUCCACAGUCACGAGUUAAUAGAAAUGUAACCAGUGUGACACUAGCAAUAAAGGCCUAGAUGCAGCAAUAACUACAAGGGUCAAAUAUUUACUCUUCAGUUAUGGUAUUUGUCUAAGCUCAAUUCUGACAAAUCAUUUUCAUGUACUGCAUUCUGGUUUAUGUGGAUCUUUUAUUGUAAAAAUAUACAUAUGUGUAAUUUUAUUAAAAACACUUUCAAUUUGCUAAA